AUGCUUUUUGGAUUGCCGCCAGUCACAGGUCGGCACAAUCUCUCGUUGGUUUUCACUCUCACCACAACUCUCCGUUUUGUUUGGUUGCUUAAAGUCGCGACGCGUCUCACAUGCGGUGAUGAUGGAGAAAAAAAUUCAGUGCCGAUUGUCUUAAGAAGAUUAACAUCAACAGCUUCAGCUAAGUGA